AUGGAGAGCAAAGUCUGCAUUGGAAAAAAGAACCAGAAUGCUGGGUGUGAAAAUAAGUAUAACCCUUUUUCAACUGCUGACAUCAAGUUCCAGUCACCACCUAAGCCUCAAAACCAGGAUCUACUCCAAGACUUCAGCUGCCAACCAAUUCCAUGGAGCAAACGGGAUAUUCUUUGGCCAGUAGUAUCAAAUCCCAUCACCAAGGAACUGAGGUCAGAACAUGAAGCCAUGAAAAUAGAGGCUCAGCAAGAGCACGAGAAUGCUGCCAAAUUCACAUCUUUGUGGAAACUGCUGUUUUUAAUUCAGAGGGUAAAAGAUAUGGAUAUUGCUUUAUACUAUUGGUAUACAGUAUGGCUUUGGAAGAACUACCAGUAUGCUCUGGCCUUUCACUUUGCCAUUGAGGAGAUCAAUAAGGACUCUCAUCUCCUCCCCAAUCUAUCCUUGGGCUACCAUAUCUACAAUGCCCAUCACAGUGACCAAAGAAGCUUCGAGAAUGCUCUGCUGUGGCUGUCUGGGGGUGAUGAGAUUCUCCCUAACUAUAAAUGCAGUAUGCACGACAAGUCAGUUGCCAUCAUUGCAGGAACUGCAGCCACAUUUUCAGCUGAGAUUGGACCACUUUUAGAGCUCUACAAAACCCCACAGAUCACCUAUGGACCUUAUGAUCCCAUGCUAAAUGACAAAGACCAGUUUUCAUCACUUUACCAGAUGGCUGCCAAAGACAACUUUCUUGUUCAUGCAAUGAUCUCCUUACUGCUUCAUUUUGGUUGGACGUGGGUAUCGCUCUUCAUUUCUGAUGACAUGAAAGGGGAGCAGUUCCUUCAGAUUCUUAAAGCAGAGAUGGUAAAGAAAGGUAUUUGCGUGGCUCUAACAGAAAAGUUGCCUACCGCUCAGGCAAUACAUAAACAGAAGGAAAUCACUCCCACGAUUCCAAUUUCAUCUGCAAAUGUGCACAUACUGUAUGGUGAAGUGGGAAGCCUCAUAAUCGUGGACAUUUCAGCCAAGUACUUCUUAGUCAUGGGAAAAGUGUGGAUAAUGACAUCAAAGUGGGAUAUCGUUGUGUAUGAGAUGGACCACAUGCUGCACUCUUUCCAUGGAAGUUUCUCACUGUCACCUCAUAAGAAAGAAAUUCCCGGCUUCAAACAUUUUCUCAAGACAGUUAAACCCUCCCAAUACCCAGAGGAUUUUUACUUUAGUACUUUGUGGUUUUUUAAGUUGGAUUGUCUUCCUGCUGGGUCACUUUUUGGCAAAUCUAGAGUUUGCCCACCAAAUGUUUCCUUAGAGUUCAUGCCAGGAAAUAUUGACAUCAUGACAAUAUCAGACUCCAGCCAUCGCAUCUAUAAUGCUGUCUACACAGUGGCCCAUGUCCUUCAUAAAAUGCUUUUAAAGAAAAUAGAAAUGGGAUUUCCAGGAGCUUUUGACCAGCCUAAGAUUCUUCCCUGGCAGCUUCAUCCAUUUCUGAGGAGUAUUCAGUUUACCAACAGUGCUGGGGACGACAUCACUUUAGAUGCAAAGACAAGCUCUGUUGCACAGUAUGAUGUACAAAACGUUGUGAAUUUUCCUGCUGGUCUUGGGUUGAUGAUUCAAGUUGGAGAGUUUGUCUAUAGGAGUCCACUUGAUCAAGAUUUGGUCCUCAAAGAAGAGAUGAUAGAAUGGCCUGUUGGAUUCAUACAGACUCCUCAAUCUGUGUGUAGUCAGAGCUGUGGUCCAGGAUUCAGGAAAAUUCUACAGGAAGGAAGACCUCCAUGCUGCUUCAUUUGUGAUUUUUGUCCAGAAGAAUAUAUUUCCAAUCUAACAGGUACAGUGCAAUGCAUCGAGUGCCCCACACUUGAGUACCCCAACAACGAGAAAAAUCGCUGCUUCCCCAAGGUCAUAACCUUUCUGGCAUUUGAGGAUUCUAUGGGGAUGGCUCUAGCCUGCUCAGCCCUGGGCUUCUCGCUCAUCACAGCUGCGGUUUUGGGAGUCUUCGUGAAGCACCGUGACACUCCCAUAGUCAAAGCCAAUAACCGGACUCUCAGCUAUGUCCUGCUCAUCUCCCUCCUCCUGUGCUUCCUCUGCUCCUUGCUCUUCAUUGGCCAUCCUAACACGACCACCUGUACCCUCCAGCAAACCAUAUUUGCACUUGUAUUCACUGUGGCAGUUUCCACCAUUUUGGCCAAAACCAUUACUGUCAUACUUGCCUUCAAAGCCAUGAAACCAGGAAGAACAAUGAGGUGGUUUCUAAUCUCGGGAGCCUCUAACUCCAUCAUUCCCAUUUGCUCCUUCAUCCAGCUUACUCUCUGUGGAAUUUGGCUGGGAACCUUUCCUCCCUUUAUGGACAUGGACGCCCAUGCAGAACUCGGCCACAUCGUCCUCACCUGCAACACAGGCUCUGUCACUGCCUUCUACUCUGUCCUCGGAUACCUGGGUUGUUUGGCCCUGGGAAGCUUCACCGUGGCUUUCCUAGCCAGAAAGCUGCCUGACACAUUCAAUGAGGCCAAGUUCUUGACGUUUAGCAUGGUAGUGUUCUGCAGUGUGUGGCUCACCUUCCUGCCUGUCUACCACAGCACCAAGGGCAAGGUCAUGGUGGCUGUGGAGGUCUUCUCCAUCUUGGCCUCCAGUGCAGGGCUCCUAGGCUGCAUCUUUGCCCCCAAGUGCUACAUAAUUCUUCUAAGACCUGAUAAGAACUCUUGGGAAGGUUUAAAGAACACAAGAGCUUCUAGGAAAAAUAGACAUUCUGAGGGUCUAUCCAGAGCCAGAUGUGAUAACCAGAUGACCCAGUCUCCAUCCUCCCUGUCUGCAUCUCCAGGAGACACAGUCUCCAUCACUUGCCAGGCCAGUCAGGGCAUUAACAAAUUUUUAGCCUGGUAUCAGCAGAAACCAGGGAAAGCUCCCAAGCUCCUGAUCUACCUUGCGUCCAAUUUAGAGUCAGGGGUGCCAUCAAGGUUCAGUGGCAGUGGAUGCGGGACAGAGUUCACUCACCAUCAGCAGCCUGCAGCCUGA